CUUUAAGCACAAAAUACAAUUCCUCUUAAAAAAACUACGAAACACCCCCCUCUGCUCCUCCCCCACCAGUCCACGACCUAACACAACCGUUACUGCAACUCUCCCUCCGCCGUUCUACACAAGGAACCUAACCACCACCUCCCUGAGUAUAAAUCCAGACCGCUCACACCACCACCGCCAUAGAGAACCCAUCAGCUCUCCCUCCCUCUCUCUCUCUCUCAUUGGGUUGAGAUAUAGAAACGUUAAAGCGCACCACCAUCGGAACUUCUCUCUCUGUUCAGAUACCACCGCCGCUGUCACCAGACGAUUGAAGCUUGGUUUGGAAUGAAAAUCCAGAUCCACUAAAGAAGGAUCAUAUAUACCCUGAAAUAACGCCAGUCCCCACCGUAGGGAAAAUGGACAAUAUAUACUGAUGAAUGCCUAACGGUCACCGCGCUAAAGAAUUACUUCAUAUGUUCAAGCCACUCAACAUCUCUCAGCUUUGCUUUGCAAGUUUCGUUGUCCCGUUUUUCCCCAAACAAUACUCUACCCAUACACACACCGUUGCCAAACCCUUGACUACUUCUGUGAAAAGAACAUUCUCCCACUUAUACCAACGAUGUUCAGAUCGAAAGGACCUUCGUCAUGGAAAAGAAGCGCAUGCUCAUAUGAUUGUAUCUGGGUUCGAACCCACUGUCUUCGUUACGAAUUGUUUAAUCCAAAUGUACUUAAAGUGUUCCAACAUGGAGUAUGCUCACAGAGUGUUCGAUAGAAUGCCUCAAAGAGACACGGUUUCUUGGAACGCUAUGAUUUUCGGGUAUGCAGGGAUCGGGCUACUGAAUAUUGCUCAAGAGAUGUUUGAUUUAAUGCCCGAGAGAGAUGUGGUUUCGUGGAAUACAUUAAUUUCAGGGUACUUACAUAAUGGAAGUUAUUGGAAAUCCCUUGAAAUUUUCACGCGUAUCCGAAGGGAGGGUGUGGGGUUGGAUGCGACUACAUUUGCUGUGGUUCUGAAGGCCAGUUUGGGUUUGGAGGAUUAUAGUUUAGGUGUUCAGAUUCAUGGACUUUUAAUUCGUAUGGGAUUUGUUCAUGAUGUGGUGGCUGCAAGUGCAACUGUAGAUAUGUAUGCAAAAUGCAAGAAACUGAAGGAAUCCAUAACCUUUUUCGAAGAAAUGCCUGUGAAAAAUUGGGUUUCAUGGAGUGCUUUGAUUGCUGGUUGUGUUCAAAACGAUGAGUUUUUAAGUGGCUUAAAACUAUUCAAGAAUAUGCAAAAAGAAGGAUUAGGAAUUAGCCAAUCAACUUACGCAAGCCUUUUCAGAUCAUGUGCAUGCUUAUCUGCUUUACAGUUUGGUUCUCAAUUGCAUGCCCAUUCAUUAAAGAUGGACUUUGGCUCUGAUACCAUAGUAGGAACUGCAACUUUAGACAUGUAUGCAAAAUGUGGCCAGUUAUCUGAUUCCAAAAAACUUUUUCACACCUUAUCAACCCAUAAUUUACAAUCAUACAACGCGAUUAUCACAGGUUGUGCUCGUUUGAAUCAAGGAUUUGAAGCAUUGCAGCUGUUUCAUAAUCUGAGAAACACUGAUCUUGGUUUUGAUGACAUUAGUUUAUCUGGUGCUUUUAGCGCAUGUGCUGUAAUCAAAGCGUAUACAUUUGGACUCCAAUUACAGGGGUUAACAAUCAAAAGUAAGUUCCUAUCAAACGUUUGUGUACAAAACGCGAUUCUUGACAUGUAUGGAAAGUGUGGAGCUUUAGCUGAUGCACGCCAAGUGUUUGAUGAAAUGCCAACACGGGAUGCAGUCUCAUGGAACACAAUCAUUGCUGCUUAUGAACAAAACGGAAACGUACAUGAAACCCUUCAACUUCUUGUUCAAAUGCUAAGUUCACGUUUUGAACCCGAUGAAUUCACUUUUGGUAGUGUCUUAAAAGGCUGUUCUAGUCUGAAAUCUUUAAAACAUGGAAUGGAAGUUCAUGGUAGAAUUGUGAAAUCAGGAGUGAGUUUUGAAUCUUUUGUUGGAAGUGCUCUAGUAGACAUGUAUUCCAAAUGUGGAAACAUUGAAGAUGCAAAGAAACUCCAUGAAAGAAUGGAAGAACAAACUAUGGUGUCAUGGAAUGCAAUCAUUUCAGGGUUCUCAACACAAGAACAAAGCGAAGAAUCCCAAAGAUUCUUUUCAAAAAUGUUGGAAUCGGGAACCAAACCCGACAACUUCACAUUCGCGACAGUUCUCGACACGUGUGCGAAUCUUGCAACCAUCAAUCUAGGAACACAAAUACACGCACAAAUCAUCAAACAAGAAAUGCAAACCGAUGUGUUCAUUUCAAGCACUCUUGUGGACAUGUACUCAAAAUGUGGCAACAUGCAAGAUUCAAGAUUGAUGUUUGAGAAAACCGUAAAUAAAGAUUUUGUGACAUGGAACGCGAUGAUUUGUGGGUAUUCUCAACACGGGCUUGGAGAGGAAGCUUUAAGUGUUUUCGAGUCAAUGAAAGUCAACAACGUGAAGCCAAACCAUGCGACUUUUGUUUCGGUUCUUCGUGCGUGUGCUCAUGUGGGGUUAGUUGAAAAGGGGUUGAGUUACUUUAACUCGAUGGCUACUAACUAUGGUUUGGAGCCUCAGUUAGAGCAUUACUCAUGUAUGGUUGAUAUAUUGGGGAGGGCGGGGAAAGUGAAGGAGGCGUUGAAGGUUAUAAAUGAUAUGCCUAUGGAGGCGGAUGAUGUUAUUUGGAGGACUUUACUUGGAGUUUGUAAGUUACAAAAGAAUGUGGAGGUGGGUGAGUUGGCAGCGAGUUGGCUUGUGAAGUGGGACCCGCAAGAUUCAAGUGCGUAUGUGCUUUUAGGGAAUAUUUAUGCGGAUGUUGGGAUGUGGGAAGAGGUGUCGAAGGUAAGGAAAAAGAUGAGGUGUGGUGGAUUAAAGAAAGAACCGGGGUGUAGUUGGAUUGAGGUGAAGUCGGAGUUGCAUAUGUUUGUUAUUGGGGAUAAUGCUCAUCCUAGAUGUAAACAGAUUUAUGAGAAGUUGGAUGAGUUAAUAAGUGAGAUGAGAUGGUUAGAUGAUCAUGAUCCCUUUGAGGGGUGGAUGGGAGCAUAAAAGUUUGGUGGAAACGCCGAAUGAAUGAAAGAGUAUGGGUUGAGUAAGAAGAAAGAGAUGAAUACAUUAUUUAGGGGUAUUUACAGAUUUUCUUUUUUUCCAAUUUAUGUUAAGUUGAUUGAAAAACAGAACACAAAAUGAUAGUGAUGAAGAUGAAUUCUAUGAUCCAACAAGAAAGAAUUGAAACCAUCAUAAUAGAAAGGCAAUCAAUAUGAAUCAAUUGAAACAGCUGAUUCUUUUUUAGAUAAAAAAGGAUGCAAUCGAUGAACAAAUCGAAGAAUAAAAGAAGCUAGUUGAGUUCUUGAUGAAAAUAAUAGAGUGAUUGUUGAAGUUUGAUGUUACAAAAUCUUGAUUAGGGGAUGAAAAAUGUUAAAAGAAAUUUAGGUUAGAACCCAAUCCGUAAUUUUCAUAUAAGCAUAGGGACGAAAAAAAUGUACUUUACCAAAGCUUAUGAAAUACAAGCUUUUGUCUUA